CCGCUGAUAAACCCCACCGAAGAAGAAGGAAUUCUGCUUCGAAAUAAACUGCUUCGACGCAGACCUCGGAGCUCCGGUAUCAAAGGGAGAUGUUACUGUGGGUGUUAGGGGUGUUGCUGCUGCUGUUCUCCAGUCUGGAUGUGUGGUACUUCCUGCGUGCGGCGGUCACGGUGACCAGGGCCUGGUUCCAGAAGCCGGUGUGGGACGUCCUGGGGGAACAGAGUGUGUCGGGACGCGUCCUGCUUCACGAUAUUGACCUGGGACACAUGAACAAUGCCAGAUACCUCCGGGAGUGUGACUUCGCCAGGUUCUCCCUGUACAGUCGUAACGGGGUGUUUAAAGCCUGCAGAGCCCUGAGGGCCACCAUGGUGGUAGGGGCCACUACUAUACGCCUGCGCCGGGCCCUGUGCCUGGGGGAAGCAUUUGAGCUGCGCACCAGAAUCGUGGUCUGGGACGAGAAGGCCUUUUACCUUGAGCAGCGUUUCGUCUCCUGCAGGGACGGUCUGGUGGCAGCUGUCAUGUUGUGUAAACAGAACGUCAUGCGCAGCAGUCCUGACAAGAUACUACAGUUCCUCUGCAAGAGAAAGGUGGAGUGUCCCGACUACCCUGAGGAUCUGCAGCAUUGGAUCAGCUUCAUCUCAGCCAGCAGCCAGGCCCUGAGAGCCCAGAGUGGACUAGAGGACAAGACUGGAGCACAGGAAGACAAGUGAUUGAGUGGUAUGCUGUGGUCGACGAUAUGGGAGCAUGAAGGCUCUCUCUGACAGAUCCGGGGUGUAUUCAUUAGUGUCAACUGUAGGAAAACGUUUCCCAUUUGAAAAUCUGAGUUACUAUUAGACAAAUGUAGGUAGGUUUGUUCUGUUUGGUUCCUAGUGAAUACACCCCAGCUUCAUACUGCUGGACGCUCCAUCUCUUCCACUCUGACCUCCUGCUGACUACGGCUGCGUUUACACAGGCAGCUCAAUUCUGAUUUAUUUAUUUUUUUGACACUAAUUGGUCUUUUGACCAGCUGAUCUGAUUUGUCAAAAAGAUCAGAUUUGGGCUGCCUGUGUAAACACAGCCUAUGAAACUUCACUGGUGCCUUCUCUCUUCUAGGCCCAGUCCCAAAUGGAUUCUACACAUUUACAUUUAAGUCAUUUAGCAGAUGCUCUUCUCCAGAGCGACUUACAAAUUGGUGCAUUCACCUUAUGAUAUCCAGUGGAACAACCACUACACCAUAUGCACUUGUGGAGAUCUGAGAGAAUUUGAUUGGUAUAAGCAACACGGUGAAACUUCUACCGAGCCUAUCAAAAGGGCAAGUUGGAUCCAUUUCCAUAUUGAUUGCAUCUGACCAAUCAUCUCACGUCUGUACUAGGACGUAGGGUCCCUUGUGGGACUGGGCCUAGAGUCAAAUAGGACAGACCUGUCCAUCGACCCUCUGCUGUCUCCUGUGGAGGGUGGCAUGCACAACGGUCUGUUACUACUGACCAUUCAAUAUAGGAAUUGUUUAUGUAUAGGAAAGAGGUUCAUCUAUAUUUUCUAUGUUGUAAAAUAAAAAUCAAU